GAUCCUGCCCCCGGCAGGGCGUUCACAACUCGACAUGGCCUCUGGAGGUCUCUUCCAGCCCCGCUUCUCUGCGGCACGCUUCAUUGCACUUUUGGCCCAGGCCGAUUGCACGCGGGCUACGGCGGUGGGAGGCUGGGCAUUAGAGGCAGGAAGCCUUUAUUUUAUUGGAGGUGCUGCUAAAGGAAAGCCUGGUGCCUUUCUCCUACAGCAACCAUUUGCUGACCCCCUCGAGUGGAUGUGGGGGUCCGAGGGUUUCUUUCGGCAGCCCCGCUACUCAUGCAAAACCAGGCCUUCAGUGGCGUAGAAACCAAGUGCACCAAAUUUCCAGGGAUGGGCACCGCUAGCCAGCAGUGAGCAACACGGGAGAGCCCUAGAUCUACUUUCAUGAUCCGAGCAGAAAUAAGGAGUCUGUCCACGGAGCCGUGCUGCACCUUAGAAAUCGUAGCAGUCGCUGACGGGUGGCCAGCCCGGCAGGGAGAUCCUAGCCGGCUUUGCAGACAAAGUUCGAAGCUGGACGUCGGCUGCCGCGGUCCCCACGCUUUCCCUGGGGCAGGUUCAGGCGUGACGUCUUCUCCUGUGUCAGGGCUAAGGGGAGUUUUGUGACGAGUUUGGAGGAUGCUUUUGUGCAGGAGGGUUUGGACCGAUCCCUGGCCCUGCUUCAGGCAGGGGUCAGACUAGAUGUGGCCUCUGCGGGUCCUUUCCAGCCGCACUUUUUGAUUUUUAUGAACCGUCGGAGCCGCGCUACGUCUGCAGCUGGGGACCUCAGCAGAGGAUGCCAGAGGAACCGAGCUCUUAUCUCCCACCUCACACAACGGCUCGCAGCAACCAAUGCAGCAACCUGUCGUUCUUAGGCAAGCGGGUGCACACUUUAUCAGGAUUAGCUGUCCCGACACCAACUACUCUUCCAAGAAGCUCCUCGUGCCUGUGACGCAGCGGCCUACCUUCAAGUUAACACCGUGAAAAUCCUACCCCGGCUACUUGAACGCCCGAUGAGCGGGCUCUAGCUCAACACGGAGGUCUGCACAUUGCGCGGUGCAAUCCUAGGUCUGCUCCAGACAGCUAUAAAGCCGCAGGGCAUGUCCUUGGGCACCGUGCCGAGGCGGUGCCCGGCAGACUGAGACAGACCGCAUCGCAUAAACUGGCCUUGCAGACUCUUCUGCACCUGGAUUAUGUGCACGUCCCUGGAUCCAGCACGUGGACCUGGAUACAUCCGGCUUUGGUAGGGUCAAGGGAUCACGGCUGCAUAACACGGCUCCUUGGAAAUUCACAGCAACAGGGAGGGCAGAGCGCAGAGCCGCCCGCUCCAAGCCGCGUGCCCACCACGUGAGCUGAAGGAGACUCUUCCUCUGUGUCUAGCAAUAUGGGGCACAGGACACACAUCACAGUCAAAUGUGGACACCCCUCCUACCCAGGGCAUCCCCUGAGCCAGUGUCUUCCUUCAGCUGGGGCUCCCUGGGCUCUGGUCAGGCCACCUUCACUCCUGAACCCACAUUCACAUGCUUGUGCCCGGGCCUGCAGCCCUGCUGAUGCCCCCAGCGCCCCCAGCCUCGUGUCACAGCGACGCUUCCCUCGCACUUGGGCCCCGGGUCCUCGGCUCAGGGCCAACAGUCCUGCAUCCCUUGAGAGCAGCAGUGCCCGUGUGGACAGGGCCUUCGGGAAAACCGAACACUGGGAACGCUACAUGGAGCCGUCCAUCGCCCGAAUCCCAGUUCAUCCGCUGAGCUGGUAGUUACGGAGGUUACUGGGCACCGGUACCCAAUGUUAUAAUGGAGCAAACCUAGACGAUGUUACCCUGGGAAGAUUGCUGAGAGCUGUUGCUAUCACACCUCGGAUGCCCAAGGUGCCCGCCCUGAGGCUGCCCACCGUUAUACUUUACCGACAUUAGGGCCGACUGUGACAUCACAGGUGAUGCGAGCAAGGGGAAGCUGGCGUACUCGAGACACAGACGGCGCUCGCUCCAGAAGAGUGGGCAGCUUUUCCCUCUUCUCCCCUGCGACGCGACUCAGAGCUUCGCUCCGGUCACACAGCCCCUGGCGCGGCCGUGCCCGAGCUGGGACGGCAGGCUCAGUCCCCGUCCACGACCCGAGCACAAGAUGUUCCUCUUUGCUCACAAAACCAAGACGCCCAUCAGCACCUACACCGAAUCCUACCGGCCGCCACGGUCCAUGAUGCACAACUAUAAGGAGCCUCUGUCAAACACGUGGAAGAAAAACGAGUUUAUCACAGAGGGAUUAACGAUGCCCAGAGUGGAAAAUCCAGUGAACCAAGCUCACCUGGAGAGGAUGAUCAAGCAGGCAGUGCAGGAGUAUUCCUACAAGAGCUCCAUAGACCCCACCGCUUAUCGGCCGGACAAGUACUGGAUAACCAGGCCCGAAGAAACGUACAACCCCAUUUUUGUGAAAGGCGACCGGUACGCGACAUGGCGGACAGGACCCUACAACAGUGCCAGCUGGAACAGAUACACCACCUACCUGCCCCGGCUGCCCAAGGAAACCGAAAUGGAGACCGUUCUCCGGGAAAGAUACCCUCCGAAGCCCGACCAGCUCAACAGUUAUGAACGGGAAGUCAUCGUCAACAUGCUGAACAGCUUGUCGCGGAAGCAGCUGCCCUCCCUCCAGCACCAGCACACGGUGCCCGGGAGGCGCCCCUUCCAAGGCUACCACAGCCCGUGCACAGGCCGCCACUACUGCCUGCGAGGGAUGGAUUACUACGUGGACGGAGCCCCCAACGAGAGGCGGCUCAACCAGCUCGUGGAGAAGAUUGUAAGGUUCGGAGGCUGCGCGGGGGACCCGCAGCUUCCCCUCUCGGGCCCGGGAAGGGAGCAGGGAUGCACGGAGAAAGGACUCUGCUGGGGGCGGGGUGGCAGCCCCGUUCAGGGUCAAGGGCUUUCUCUCCGGGGUCUCUGGAAGCCAAGACAUCCGGGGGAGGCGCCGGCUUCAGCAAAGUCAGAGUCCGGCUCAUCGGUUCCUGCAACGGGGGCCGGAGUAAGGAUUGCAGACCUGGAGUAGGGGUGCAGCAGGGCUUGUGGGGACGGGGCCCUCGUUCCCGUCCGACGUGCCAGGGGGCAAAGGCUCAGUUGUCCAUGCUCAGUUGUCCAAGCCGUUUAGCCAGGCCACCGGGUCAGCCGUGUCUCCGGUGGCCGAGCCAAGAAGCCCCCGGGGAUCCCGUCUGGCAGCACCCGGGGCUCUGGGGAACGUGCCCUUUGGGCCUGCACCUGCCACGCUCCUCGGUGCCUCGGUGGUGGGUGGGAAACGGGAGGGGCCCCCUGCUCCCACCCUCCACCCCACUGCCUGGGACCCGAACAGUAUCCCCCAUCGCUGGGAAAGGGCCAGGAGAGGCUGGGAGAAGUGGGGGUGCUGGCAGGGGAAGCCAGACCACUCCCACCCCCAUCCCCUCAUGCCCCGGGGUCCCCCCAUUGCCUCUGCCAUGGGAGGGGGGCAGAGAGCUGACACAAUUCAUCGCAGCCACUGGCUGCAAGAGUCACGACCGAAGGCAACGCUGAACUUGCACCCAGGAGACGGGAGCAAUCCUGGCCAGGGUGACAGUCUGGGAAACCUCCCUUCUGCCCCUGCCCUACCCCCAAACACAGCCCACGUUCACAGCGGGACAGAGGAUGCCAAAAGAGGGGACCCCAAAAGCCCCACGCCAGGCUGAGCCACAGAGGUGGGAGGGCAGGGCGAGGAGGGGCAGUUACUACCGCGUGGCUGGUCCAGGGGCCUGGGGACAAGCAACGCGCUAGAUGGGGGCAGACAGUGGCCACGCACCAAAGCGGGACUGUGAGCCUCACCGCACCGAGUCGGAAAGCCGCUUUGGGCAUUGCUUUUGUCCAGAGAGAGAGCUCGGGUGCAGCCAGGUCUGCCCGAAGCUCAGCCCUUGGGCAGGUCACUGGGUGCAGGGCUGGGAAAGCGACCUCCUAGCUACCCCGGGACAGGUGCCAAGGACACACUGGCUGCCCCCCUUCCCCAUGCGACGGAGGGCAUGCCAGCAGCCUUCCCCCAAGCCCGAGAGGCCCAGAGAGCCAUCUCCCCUGCAGCCGGGGGCUGGGGCCUUCAGUCUUCCCCCCCAUUGCACUCCCAGCACCACGCAGCUCUCUAGUGCCCACGCUGCUCCGUCGUCCCUUGCCGGUGGGGAACAUCGCUAACCCUCCAGCUUACAGCGACACGGAGGAGACGAGGGAGCCUGGCCGGCAUGGGCCACGGCUAACACGGGCCCGCCUCUGUGUUUCAGGAGUAUCCCAUACUGCGACAGCCGCCAGGAAACGACGUGCCAUGCACCUUUGCACAACCCGCCGCCAUCAUCCCCGUAUAUGAACCUUAAGUAAGAGCCUUACCC